AUGUUUGAAUUGCAGAAAAAGAAAAAAUGUGAUGAAACGUCCCCAAUUUGUUUAGCAUGUCAAUCAAGAAAUCAAGAAUGUAUAUGGCCAGAUUUGACAAAAAACCUGAAAGUUAAAAAACAAUCAACAACAACAUCACUAUCAUCGUCAUUACCAACACCCGCUCAAUCUCCAUCAUUAUCCGAUAUAGAUCAAAAAAGGUUAAAUGAAUCAAUUUUACAAAGACAUAAUAAUACUUCAAGUACUAAUAACAAAUUAAAAAAAAUUAAAAAUCCAAAUUUAGAUUCUUUAGUUAGAGAAUUCGCUAGUGAAAAAGAAGAAGCAAUGGAUGAUAUCGGUCAUUUAAAUAUGAAUGUUAUAAGUUGUCAUAAAUAG